GCGCUUUUUUCACUCCCUUAAGCCCUUGAGCCUAGAAUUUCUGAGUCAUUCCCAAAAAGUUUUGUGCUUUCAAGCCUCCUGUCGUACAACUGCAGGAGUAGCGUGGGGAAAAGAAGGAAAAAGAGACAAAGGCAUUAAAUCUUUUUACAAGGCUGAGUAUCAUUAUGUAAACAAUUUCCAGAAAGUUCCUGCAGAAAUAAUGUUCUUGUCCGUUUUACCGAUGAACAUCUUUGCUCAUGUUGGAGGAUGCCAGAGUCAACUUGAGUCAACCACCAGCUCUGCCCUGAGGCAGGCCCAGGACGCGCAGGCGGCCCAGCGCAUGGAGGGCAGGGUGCCGCUCACGUACAGGGCUCGGGAGCAGAGAGCAGUGAACAACAACUUCCCAUUUUCUUCUCAUGACAACAGACACUGCCUACAGAAUGUAGGAGAAUAUUUUGAUUUUGGUAUGGGCCGGAGAAAGGUGGAACCAGAGAGAAGGCAGCAGAAUUCACAGAACUUCUUCCUGUGGGCUCACGAAUCAGUUCCUAGCAGUGAGGAUGGCUUAACCAUUUAUCAGACAUCAUUCGUGAAAGAUCAGAAAACUGAGAGCCCAUUCUGUAGGCGAUACCCAAAACACCAUACAGAAGAAUCUCGCACUGACAAAUCUGCUCCUGAGAAUGGAAAAAACAUGCAACUAAACAAGUCAUCAUAAUUAUAAGAACACCUUUGUAACACUGAGUUACAUGAUCAGAGCCUAUUCUGGAGAUCUGAACUAGUUGUCACUCGAAUGAAUGAUGAAAUAAACGUGUAAAGUGAAUAAA